AGCCUUCCUGGGAAGAUGCAGCCUCUCCUGCUCCUGCUGGCCUUUUUCCUGCCUUCUAGGGCAAAGGCAGGGGAGAUCAUCGGGGGACAUGAGGCCAAGCCCCACUCCCGGCCCUACAUGGCACAUCUGUGGAUCCAGAAUAGGGAGGUGUGCAGUAAGUGUGGUGGGUUCCUGAUACAAGAGAAGUUCGUGCUGACAGCCGCUCACUGCUGGGGAAGCUCCAUCAACGUCACCCUGGGGGCCCACAACAUCAAGAAGCAGGAGAAGACCCAGCAGAUCAUCCCCGUGAGAAGAGCCAUCCCCCACCCAGACUAUAAUCCAAAGAACUAUUCCAACGACAUCAUGUUACUGCAGCUGGUGAAAAAGGCCAAGCUGACUGCAGCUGUGAGGCCCCUGGGCCUGCCCAAAGGCAAGGACCGGGUGAGGCCGGGACAGGUGUGCAGUGUGGCCGGCUGGGGACGGGUGGCCACGGGAAGAUACCCAGACACACUGCAGGAGGUAGAGCUGAUCGUGCAGGAGGAUCAGGAGUGCAAAUCCCGCUUCCCCAAUUAUUACAACCACAAAACUCAGCUCUGCGUGGGAGACCCAAAGGAAAAGAAGUCUUCCUUUAAGGGGGACUCUGGGGGCCCUCUCCUGUGUAACAAUGUGGCUCAGGGCAUCGUCUCCUAUGGACUAAAAGAUGGGGCAUCUCCACGGGCCUACACUAAAGUCACAAGUUUCCUGCCCUGGAUAAAGAAAAUGAUGAGAGGCCUCUUCCUGCAGGAACCAGACUAUUUGCUCUGA